UUUGUGAUUUCCGUCUUCCGGCGAGAAAGAUGGUGUCCUCCGUGCUCAUAUUGGUGUUCCCACCGUGGCCUUCGGGUCGCGGUGUACUCCGAGACUGUUGGAGGCUGCUGCAACGGAAACUUCAACAAAGCUGGCCAAGUCCUCCCAGCCCUCCGUGGGGACCAGCGUUAGCACUCCAGGGUCCAGGCAUAUUUACAGAACUAGCAAAUGAUUCCAGUGCAAGUAAGGAGAAUCUCAGCCUUUUGGAUAGUGUCCUUUGGAUGGCAGCUCCCAAAAGCAGGCGCAGCAUUGAAGUUAACCGGUGUAGGAGAAGAAAUCCUCAAAAGCUUAUUAAAAUUAAGAACAAUAUAGAUAUUUGUCCUGAAUGUGGCCACCUGAAACAGAAGCAUGUCCUCUGUGGUUAUUGCUACGAGAAAGUGUGCAAGGAGACUACAGAAAUCCGACGGCAAAUAUGGAAGCAGGAAGGAGGUCCCUUCAAGGCUCCAACCAUGGAGACUGUGGUGCUGUAUACAGGAGAAACACCAUCUGAACAGGACCGAGAAAAGAGGAUCAUUGAACGAGACAGGAAGCGGCCAUCUUGGUUCACCCAGAAUUGAUAUCAAAGAUGUUACCAUAAUUCACAGUAAAACAUCACUCCUAAAACAGGA